ACGUAUUGCCCGGCCAUCGAGCGAGCUAGGAAACACAGUGAGACAACAACAUUUUGUUUCCCGAAACGCAUCCAUUUUUCAGCCGACGCGGAGGAGUGUCGAAGACCGAGCAGACAGUGUACAUUAUUUAGCGUAACAGCUACAGCUGACUCUCGCCUUCGCCAACAACGACGAUUUCUCCCUGCAAAUCACCAUGGCUCCUACGGUAGCGCGCUCUACGAUUGACAUCACUCCCCUCCGCCAGGCCAAUUUGCCAAUCAUCUUUAUCAUCGGCGGACCGGGAUCCGGUAAAGGCACACAAUGCGCUAAGAUCGUCGAAAAAUACGGCUACACCCACUUGUCGUCGGGUGAUCUCCUGCGUGAUGAAGUUGCGUCCGGUUCGGAGAGAGGUAAACAACUGACGGAUAUUAUGCAGCGAGGAGAACUUGUACCCUUGGACGUUGUACUGGAUCUGCUGAAGGAAGCAAUGCUUUCUAAGUUGACGAGUUCCAAGGGCUUCCUUAUCGACGGCUAUCCGCGUGAGGUGGCUCAAGGGAUCCAGUUCGAGAGCGAAAUCAACCCAUGCGCUCUGGUCAUUUAUUUCGAACUGAGCGAUGACGUCAUGACCGCUCGAUUGAUGAACCGCGGUUUAACAUCCGGACGAAUGGACGACAAUGAGGAGACGAUCCGCAAACGACUCGAUACCUUCCACAAGCAUUCGCUGCCCGUCGUCGAACAUUACGGCUCCAAAUGCCGGACGAUUUCCGCCGAAGCUCAUCCGGACGAAGUUUUCCAGAAAGUUGCCGAAGCUUUGGAAACCCUUUCGUAAGACAGAUGGAAGAUGAUGGCAAUAGAGUUUUCACCAAGUAGAAAGCACAUAAAGAAUAAAGGAUGGCUCAGAUUGAUUUGUUUUUUGAUUGUCUUUUUCGUGAUGCAGUUUUGUGUAUGAUGUGCUGGUUGGACAGGAUACACGAAAUACACAGUUUUGGGUUUUGGCA